AUGAAGCUACCACGACUGGCACUUCCUACGUUUGAUGGCAAGUACUCCGACUACAAAAACUUCGUAACGUCAUUUAAGCAAGUCAUUGAUAGUCAACCUAGCUUGUCUUCUAUCGAGAAGUUCAACCAACUGCUUAAUUGUUUGAAGGGAGCGGCCUUAGAAACUGUGAAGGCAUUUCAGAUCUCUUCUGAAAAUUAUCCGAAAGCGCUCGAACGUCUUAAAGCUCGCUAUGACAACCCCACGCUCGUCUUUUUGGAUAAUAUAAAUUCCUUAUUCAGCUUGCCGAAUGUUUCCAAAUCGAAUGCGCAACAUCUGCGUAGUCUCAUUGACAAUGCAUCAGCCCUGUACAACUCGUUACUGUCACUGGGUUCUGAGUCGCAAAUUGCUCAGGCUAUGCUCAUCUCGAUAGUGAUGGACAAAGUCGAUCAGGACACCAGGAAGAAAUGGAAAGAGUUUUUAGACUUCCGAGAUCUUCCGACAUGGACAUCUUGCAUUAGCGUCGUUGAACGACGUUGCCAAUACCUAGAAUCUAUAGGUAAGCCCAGCAUGGAUGCUACUAUGAGUCAACAAUCAGUGAGUAAACCACGCAACCAAAAACCGCAACGACAAGGGUUGACCUUCAACUGUACACCACAAGCCUGUCACGUUUGCCCAAAUACCGAACACAGAACCUUUAGGUGCCCUCAACUUAUUGGAAAUACGCUUAAUCAACGCUACGAUACUGCAAAACGUUUGGGGCUCUGCAUUAACUGUCUCGGUAAAGGUCAUCAGGCUGCGAAGUGUCCCUCAAGGCACAGAUGCCGAACGUGCACUUGUCCACAUCACACGCUGUUACAUCGUGAUGCUAAUAACACAGCUUCUCCGGUGGCAUCACAGCCCAUAACGAUGAUACAGCAGAGUUCAGAUGCCGUUGUUCAUACACACACGGACACUUGUUUGAAUCGAAUUAUACUAGCCACUGCGUUGGUACAGGUUAAGGAUGCUACAGGUCGUUACAGAAUUGGCCGCGCUCUACUGGACUCCUGCUCCCAGGUAAAUUUUAUAUCUGAUGAGUUCGCACAAACACUUCGUUUACCCCGUAAGAGAAGCAACUUGGAAAUUCGCAGCAUUGGGGAGUCGCAAACUCAGGUUAAGCAUCGCACGUCUACCACAAUCAAAUCACGCUUUGUCGAAUUGGAAUUGCCACUCGAUUUCUGUGUCACAUCGCACAUUGCCUAUCAUCCAGAAUCGGAAAUCGACAUUUCAUCAUGGAAUCUACCCAAGAAUACGCUAUUGGCUGACGAAAACUUCAACAAGUCGCGCCGCAUUGACCUACUCCUUGGAACCGAAGCAUUUUUUGAUAUCCUAUCUGUUGGGCAAGUGAAACUUGGUCCUAAUUUGCCUGUGCUGCAGAAGACCCUCCUGGGAUGGGUUGUUUCCGGUCGUUGUGAUGCAAGAUCUACAACACCGCACAGCUAUGCACUAUCACUGGACGAAUCCAUAAACCAGAACGUAGAGCGCCUAUGGCGUAUCGAAGAUGUUAGGACACCAGCUAAUACCUACACUCCAGAGCAACGCAAAUGUGAGGAAAUCUUCAUCACCACGGUUCGCCGACAAAACGAUGGUCGAAUUGUAGUUCGUCUUCCAUUCAAGGAUAAUCCUUGUUUGCUAGGUCGGUCAUAUGAAACCGCUCGCAGACGCUUUGAAGCUCUUGAACGUCGCUUGAGCCGCACACCAGAUAUUAAGCGACAAUACAUAGACUUCAUGGUAGAGUUCCAACGUUUGGGCCAUAUGAGCUUGGUGAGUACGCCGAAGAUGAAUGUGCCUCAUUUUUAUAUACCCCACCACUGUGUAUUUAAGCCAAACAGUACGUCGACAAAGUUACGGGUUGUCUUCGAUGCCUCCUGCCAGACUACGUCACAGAAGUCACUUAACGACUUAUUGAUGGUCGGACCAACCAUACAGCUCGAGCUAUACACGCUUCUGUUUCGUUUUCGAUUGUAUCGCUACGCGAUUACUGCCGAUAUUGUCAAAAUGUUCAGACAGGUUGUUGUUGAUGAUAAGGACCGGCAGUUUCAGUAUGUACUCUGGAGAAAUACACCCAAUGAACCGCUUUGCACUUAUGAACUCAAUACAGUCACUUACGGGACCGCUGCUGCUCCAUAUCUUGCCAUACGUAGUAUGUCAUAUUUGGCUGAUCAAUACUUGGAUAAGUUUAAAAUCGGUGCCGAGGCCAUAAAAUCCUGCUUUUAUGUAGAUGACUUCAUUUGUGGAGCAAAUACUAUUGAUACUCUUCGUGAAAUCAAAACAGAAGUUACCGAAGUACUUCGUCGUGGUAGAUUUGAACUUGCAAAAUGGCAUUCAAACUACAUCGAGUUUGUCGAUGAUUGCACCAUCAAAGAGCUAAAUCUGGACGACAAAGCUAUAACUAGCACUCUGGGUUUAAGAUGGAAUCAACAAGAAGACGUUUUUAUGUUUUCACUUGUGCCUAAGCAGACAUUUAACGUUGUCUCUAAACGUUCAAUACUGUCAGUGGCUUCAUCUCUAUUCGAUCCGUUGGGAUUAGUGUCACCUGUCAUCAUAGUAGCAAAAAUUAUUCUGCAAGAACUGUGGCUACUUAGGCUGCAGUGGGAUGAGUCAGUUCCACAUAACAUCCACACUGCAUGGAUUUCGUUUCUCUCAUCACUUUCGUCGUUGGAGCUGCUUAAGAUACCACGAUUUUGCCUACAACCAAAUGCUGGGAGCCUUCAGUUGCACGGUUUCUGUGAUGCAUCCAUCAGGGCCUAUGGAUGUUGCAUCUACGCACGUACGGUCAGCGCUGAUGGUAAGGUUAAGGUGAAUCUAGUUACAUCGAAAUCAAGAGUUGCACCAACUAGAAAACUAUCGCUUCCGAAAUUGGAAUUGUGCGGCGCCCAUUUGCUGGCACAACUUUUUGCCAAAAUCAAAGUGAACUUUGCUGACCACAAGUAUUCGACGUUCUUGUGGAGUGACUCGCAAAUCGUGCUAUUCUGGAUUCAGCAACACUCCGCCACACUGUCCACGUUCGUCGGAAACCGAAUAUCUGAAAUACAGGAGCAAACUUCCAGCUGUCAUUGGAAAUAUGUUCCAACGCGCUGUAACCCCGCCGACUUAUUAUCAAGGGGAUGUUCGGUGGAUGAGCUAAAUCAGUCUAUGUGGUUCGAGGGUCCUGCUUAUUUGCUACAACACCAAGACGAGUGGCCAACACAAAGGCCGGGUGAUAUUGACCAAAAUAUUGUUGAUUCGGAAAAACGCAAAUCGGCAUUUGCUGUUACUAGCGUUACCAACUAUCUACUCGAAGUUAUCUACAACAUCAGCUCGCAUAGCCGUUGUUUGCUAAUCGUAGCCUGGAUGCUUCGUUUUAGUUACAUAAGCAGAAAAUUGUGUUCUUUCGAUACACCAUCUCCCUCGCCACAAGAACUACUACGUGCCAUGCAUUGUAUUAUUUGGAAUUUGCAGACCAAAUACUUCACCGAUGACAUCCAAGCACUUCGCAAAGGAAGAGAGGUCAGCGGCCACCUUAAAUUUUUAAAUCCCUUUUUACAGGUGACUGAAGGAUUUAUGCUGCUUAAGGUUGGAGGUCGCUUGAAGUUGGCAAACGUUCAAUACACCCAGAAACAUCCGAUAUUACUCCCAGGCAGAACUACCAUGCGGGCCCAAAGGCAUUAG